AUGGCAUCUACAUACAAGAAAGAUAGUGGACAUGGUGGACCUCCGCCGCGAAAGAAAGUGAAGACGUCAGAGCUACCGCUUGCGUCUGCGACGAGGGCGGCGAUUGAGGGAUUGGCUCAUACGUAUAAGAAGAAGGGUACUUAUGACGAAUUGAGGACUAAGAUCUGGCAGGAUUUAGAAAAAGGUGACUUCGAGGAAGACUUUACACGUUCAUUGUUGAGUGUUGCGGAAGAGCAAUUAGAAAAGGACCCCGGACAAUUACUUAAAUUGGAGCGCAAUAAGGCUACGUUACUUAUUGAGGGAGCUGUGGAUCGCGCUGGUAUAUAUCAAUCUGCGGAGGCGACAAUUGAUAAAUUGAUUCAGGAGUAUAUUCCAGAAAUUGAGGAAGGAGUUCGCACGAUUCGCAAAAGUGAUAUUGGGGAAGAGGCGGCGGAGAAUGAGUUUUCGAGAGGGGGCAAGACAGAUGAACAGUAUGCGGAAGAGUUCGCGAAGAGGAGAGCGACAAGAGAGCAAUUAAGAGAAGAGAGGAGGGAGAAGGAAAAGACAAUCGCGGAUGAAAAGAGGAAGCAGGAGAAGUUGAAGAGAAGAGAAGAGGAGAAGAGGAUUGAGGCGGAUCAAGAGCGGAAGAGGGAGGCUAGGAAGAAGGCCGAGUUGGAGGCGGAAGAGGAGCGAGAGAAAGAACGAGAGAAGGAGGACAAGGAAAGGAGGGAAAGGAGGGAGAGGGACCGAGCCAGGGAUCGAGACCGUGAUCGCGAGAGAGAACGUGACAGAGAACGAGAUCGUGAUCGCGACCGUGAUAGAGAUAGAGAUAGGGGCCGAGACAGGGGUAGGGAUGAUCGACGAAGAAGAUAUGAUGACGAUAGGCGCCAAGAUUCUGCUGGUAUCCGAACGCCUGCCUCGAAGCCAGAAUUAUCCAAGGAAGAAAUUGAACGUCUCGAACAAGAGGCACUUAAUGAUCUUCUCAAGGAGGGCAGAAAGGUCGCUCAACGGUCUAGACAUCAAUUGGAGUUGGAGAUUGAUGAUACAUUGGCACCACCUCCUCGAAAGGCGAUGCCUGCCUCGGCUAUAAAGCCAAUUUCUCGAGAUACUCCGGUUAAGACAACAGAACUCAAGAAGCCUGCCGUUGCCAAAAAUAAGGAAGAGCCCGCUUCGAGGAUCGUCAUUGCCAAAAUUAAGGAAGAGCACGGUUCAAAGACGCCUCAACUUGCUGCUAUAAAGCCAGUUGAAGAAAAGACAAAGGAGUCUGAUCACGGCAAAAGAGGUAGCGAACGAGCGAAAAGUCCAAAAAUUACGAAGGUCAAGGGGGAGACUAAGGUCGAGGAUCGAUCCAAGGUUGAGGAGGGACCGAAGGUGGAAUCGAAGGAGGAAUCGAAGAUUGCAGAGACAAGCCAUGAUGGCCGAAAAGACAAGGAAGAACGUUCUCGACGCGGAAGUCGAGACCGGGAUGAUAGGAAACGCCGAGACAGCAGAGAUCGUAAUCGUGACCGAGAUAGAAAAGAUAGUCGAGACCGGGAUCGAAGUGACUAUCGACGACGUAGGUCAAGUAGAGACCGUGAUGAUAGACACGAUAAAGAUCGUAUUCGAUCAAGAUCACGGGACCGACGAAGAAGCUACAGGUCUCGAAGCCGUGACCGAGUGGGAGACCGAGACCAAGAUACGAGACGCGCAGAGAGUAGUGUAACUAGGGCAACCACUUCAAACAUUGAUACAGAGUCCUUCAAGCUUGCUGCGGCACAAGCAAGAGCAGAGGAAGCUAGAAAGUGGAACGAGGAACGAAAGAACCAACCACUACUCCCUAGCCUAUCCACUAGAAAGGAAGAAACAGUUGCUACGCCUAGACCAAAGGAUGAUGCUAAAAUGAGCAGCCCUGUUUCGACCAGGAAACGAGAAAUUUCUCGGGAUAUGGAAAGUCAUAUGAGAGAAUCCCGCGCAAGAAGCAGAUCCCCUACCGCGAGACGAAGUAGUCGCAUUGAGAGAAGCACUAGUCCGAUUAACAUUGAUCGUUAUGUACCGGGUGCGACCGAACGGAGGGAAAGUGCGGCGGCGAGAAGUCCGCCGAGAAAGAGGGAGAGGAGUAGGGAUAGGGAAAAGGACAGGAGGUCGAGGGAUGAUGAAAGGUCGACGAGGAGGAGGAGUCGCUCGCCGGAUGAGAGGAGGGAUAGAGAUAGAGAUGGGCAUUCUAGGAGGUAUAGAAGUCGGAGUAGGGAGAGGGAUAGAGAUAGAGAAAGAAAGAGGGAAAGAAGUAGGAGUAGAGAUAGGGAUAGGGAUAGGAAAAGAGAGAGGACUAGGAGUCGAGAUAGGAGGGAUAAGGAUAGGGAUAGGGAUCGAGAUAAGAAAAGAGAUAGGAGUAGAGGGAGUAGGAGGGAAUCGAGGAGAGAUUGA